AUGACUGAAGAAAAACGUGUGGAAAAGAAUUUUUCUAUUUUCGAAUAUAUCAAGUUUAAUGAUUGUGAGGUAAAUGUGUUUGUAAAUGGGGUUAAAUAAGAAAAUGAAGCACAUUAAAAGUAAGGGUACUUGUAAGAAAUCUUCAUUGAUUUUGUGCAAGGUGUCAUUAUAAAUAUUUUAGUGCAUAUUUAUUUUUACCGGAGAGUGGUAUGCUCUUUUUCAUUGGGUAUCCAAGCACAUGCACGUGAUGUGGUAUAGAUCUUGUGGUUGGUAGCUGACCUCAUGCAUUAUGAAUGAGUUUAAGAAGUACAUGUGUCAAAACAUGGUUUGACCGAGCAAAGAUGCUAACAGUAUUUUUAAGGAAUCCCCAUUACGUGAUUUCUUUCAAGAACUUUCAAGAUCAAUUGGGUAGAAGGAGUUUAUUAUUGCAAGCAUUUCCAACAUUGUGGCAAGAUAUAAUGGGAUGUGUACCGCAAAGGUACUCAUCGCCAAUUCCAAUGUGUGGCCUUGGAUUUAAAUCCUAA